AUGCUGGCAAUCAUCCUAGUUUUAGUUCUAGGAGCAACGGAAGAUGAACUAGCGAAAAGUCUGAUCGAGAACUGCAGGCGAGCGGAGCCACCGUCCGAAGAAGAAGGAAAAUACUUGCCGGAGCCAUUCGAUGCUUCAGCAUUCCAGUUCAAAGGACCACUCAUUAUUGAAUGUCCUAAAUUACACAUUCUUGAGUUAAUCAAUAGAAGUCGCAUGUUUUGA